AUGCCAGGUUUCUAUAAGUGUUACGGAGAUGUUAUAAACUGCAUGGCGACGUGGGAAACUUACGGAUGGGAGCGCUUACUAAAGUUGUUGACCGUACUGUACAAAGACGAAACUAUAGGCGGGGCAAUAUUUAUGGCGGCUGCUUAUGAUUUGGUGGUGUCAUUCGUUGGCGAAGAAAAAGAUAAAGACAAUUUGUUCAAAGAAAUCCGCAAUCUGUGGGAUCAUGUUGUGCGUGAUGCAUGGUUUGAAAAGGAUAUGAUCAGCGAGAUCGAAGCCUUCCGGCUGUUAUAA